AUGGCGUCACCUCUUGAAUCCUCUUCUCCGAUUCCGUCUAUCCCCACUCAGAAUCCCAAUUCUUCCUUUUCAAACCCUAAUUCGUCCCAAACCUACACUUCUCUUACAAUUCAAAACAUCGGUAGCAUGGUGCCGAUCAAGCUCAAGCGUUCGAAUUAUCUGCCUUGGUGUGCUCUGUUUGCCCCAAUUCUUCGUCGCUACAAGCUUCUUGGACUUGUUGAUGGAACUGAGUCUUGUCCGGUGCCAUUUUUACCAGAUCGAUCACUCAAUCCUGCUUACGAGAGUUGGUAUGAGAAGGAUCAGAAUCUUCUCAUCUGGUUCAAUUCAACACUCUCUGAGGAAGUCAUUCCGUUUACUGUUGGUGUUUCUUCGUCCAGAGAUCUGUGGCUCAAACUUGAGCAGCGCUUUGGUGGUGUUUCUGAUGCUCAUAUUCAUCAGCUUCGUUCUCGUCUUCAGAGUAUUCAGAAAGGCUCCCAAACAAUGGCUGAUUAUCUACAACAGAUCAAGGAAAUCUCUUAUUCCCUCACUGCAGCCGGAGCUUCGGUUUCGGAUCGCGAUCUUAUUGUUGCUACAUUGGCUGGGCUUCCUGAUGAGUUUGAAUCAUUCAUUGAUUCUAUCAUGCUCCGUCUCUCUUCAACAUCUCUUGAUGAAUUACAUGGUUUAUUACUCACAAAGGAGCUUUCCAUGACUCGAAGGAAGAAAAUUGCCUCCUCUGUAACCACUGAACCGUUUCAUGCUCUCUCGGCCCAAGUCUCACCGCCUCUUCUUCCUACACCACCUCAGGCAUUUGCUGCUCAACAUCCACCGCUUCACAACUCUUUUCGAUAUAAUUCCAAUCGUGGCAGGAAUAAUCAAUUUUCCAACAAUCGGGGCAACUAUGGCCAUAAUCGGGGCAACUACAAUUCUGGCUCUCAUCGAGGCAACCACAACUCUGGCUUCCCUUCUAGUUUCAAUCGUGGUCAUAAUUCCAACUCUCGUGGUUCCUUUUCCUCUGGUGCUCGUGUUCCUUGCCAGAUCUGUGGAAAUACAAGUCAUGAGGCCAUCGACUGCUAUGAUCGCAUGAAUCCUGCAAUUUCUGGUAAAAUCCCUCCCACCAAGCUUGCUGCAAUGUGUGCGCACUAUACAUCAAAGCCCUCUCCUUCCUAG